GCUCCACCUUAAUCUUCCUGACUCUUGCUGUAGGAUUUCUCUGAGCUGCUGAGCACACAGAGGGGAAGAGAGAGAGAGAGAGAGGAAGUUGUUCAGUCUCUUCUGCUUUGUGAACUGACUCAGGCAAAAUGGGCUAAAAACUGAGCCAGUUUACAACGAAGCACAACAGUAGGAGAAGAAGUAUGGAUAUGGUCAUGAAUAUGGAAAGAACUGAGGACUUCAAGGCUCUGCGAGCAAAGUUCCAAAAUGACUCUAACUUUUCCAAUACACUGCUAACACCUGCAAAGAAGCCUCCUGUAGUGACCAGACCACAAAGUUCUGAUGGCAAUUCACUGCCCCAUCCCAAACCUAAACCCUUGAGCCACAUACAAGUUCCAGAAAUCAUUCCACGGCAAAAUAGUAAUGGAAACUCUACAUCUUGUCCCAAACCCUUGGGACAAGUACAAUUUGCAGUUCCAGAGCAAAAGACUGAGAAGUUCAGCUACAUAUCUCAUCCGUCUGAAAUAACGCCAGUCAAACCUAGGGCUUUGCCAAGGGUUAGGCUUCGAGAUUUGUCUGAGGUAGAGAAGAACAAUGAUAGGAAAGACUCUGACUUUCCAGGGACUCUUGGUAAAAGACCAAUUCCUGGGGCAGACCUGCAAAAACAACGUCCAGCAUCUUUUGUUCACCCUGAAGAAAUUUUGUCAGGAAAACCCACUUUCCAAAACACUCGUAAACUUUGGGAAAGUGCUUCAUCAUUGAACAGUGACCAAAAGUCUUCUACAGCACCACCGCAGUAUCCAAAUAGGACAACCUCCCUGGGAUAUCUAAAAACUGCUAAUGAUGUUACUGAUGUACCAAAGGAUAAAGACAAAAGUGUUGAAAAUGAGCAAGCACCAAAGAACCCUUCCCAAUGUGAAGCAACUCAAUUUCUCAUAGUUUCACCUCCAGUGCCACCAAGGAAUCACAUGACUGUAGACAAAGUAGCAUGUGAAGCUGUAAAGCCUAUUGACUCCUCCACAAACACUAAUGACUUAAACAAGGCAAGCAUGACCCUUCACUGUUCAAAUGCAUGGCAGUCUUCUCCUAACUCCAGUGUAGAAGGACACCCUCAUGGUGAAGAAACCCACCUUUCAAAAGCCAAAUCACUUCCAUCCAUCAUACCCCCUCAUAGAGAAAGACACCAUGAUGGGGGAGAGACUAGACUUCUAAAAAUCAAGCCACUUCCACCCAUUAAGUCUCUUGGACCUCCUCCAAAAAAACCACCAAGGCCUCCCAAGGUAGAUCUUAGUAACUUCCAGAUGAUCAUUCAUGAGGCUGUAGAUGAUGCAUAUAUGACUCCCGAAAUUACUGAAAUUGAAGAAUUGAGUACAUAUGAAGAAACGCUAUCAUGUCUGGUCCAUCCAGAAUGUUCUAAUUCAAUUCACGAAGCUAAGCAUAUUCCCAAGGCUGGAAAAAAAGAAGAUGCCAAGAAACAAAAUUUCCUUGUUGCCAUACCCAGCAGUGAAAUAAAGGAUUCAAAAGAAAGAGGACCACUCUGGAAUCAUGAUGCACCAAAACAACAAGCUAAAGAAACAUCCAAGGUUAGUGAUCGUAAUGCUGUCCUCACUAACAUGAAAAUGAAUGGAGAAAAUAGAGGUGAGAAGCAUGUGACUCAGGAAGAGACCAUUCAGCCUUCCCCCGGAAAAAGGCUAACAGUAGAUGGAAACUUUUCAGAUGGCUAUGUAUGCCUGGAAAAUUUGAUAGUAGAUGAAGAGAAAGCAAGCACAACAGCUCCCACAUCGAUGCAAACUGUGGAGGAAGUAUAUGAUGACGUGGAAGGACUACAAAGUGACCUGCAAGCCUGUGAUGCCUACAGCUCAUUUACUUCAGACACUUUUGCAGAUGAAAACAAUGAAGAAACCUAUGAGGAUGUCCAAACUGAAGAGUACAAUUCAACCAAGUCAGAGGAUGGCAAGGUGGAAAAAUUGAAGGGGCUUGGAAAAUUUUUCAAGAAAGGAAAAUUCAAAGUGAGAAAUGCAAACAUGAAAGAGAAUUUCCGCAAUCUUUCCCGUUCUGCACCAAACCUAGAUGUUAUAGCCCAGGAAACCAUGGUGUAUAAUAAUGUUGACACAGAACAAACUGAUGCCAACUCUUCCCCCAGGAACUUCUUCAAAAUCAAGAAAUAUAAUUUAGAAAAGAAUAACAAGAUGUCAAAAGAAGAAAAAUUGUUUCGAGAAAAGUUCAUGUAUGAUAAGGAGAUCACAGUAAUCAAUACAGCUGUUGCACACUGCUCCAAUGCUUCAACCAAAGGAAAACGUGACUUGAAGAUCACAGCUGGAGAACAACUUGAAGUCAUUGAUGUUACUGAGGGGAAUCAGUUAAUAUGUCGGAAUUCUGAAGGCAAAUAUGGUUACGUACUAUUAGAACAUUUGAAUUUCAGGCAUUAGCCGUGUGUAUCUGAAGCACCACUAACUUUUCCUAAUGAAGCACAGAUGCAAAGGCUGAAAAUAUACACCAGUAGAACUAUCUCUGCACAGAGAAGAAAGCAACAGUUUAUGGCAAACUAAAUACUACUAGCUUUGACUUCUUCAGUGAGUGAGUUUUAAAGGCUACCAAUUGCUUGUCGAUUGCCACAAAAUGAAUAUCAUUGCUUUCAAGAGUUAUGAAAUGGAUAUACUUUGUUCUUUGAAGUCAUGGUUGGCUCCACAUUUAAAUACAUGCUAGAAUCCCAAAUGCCAUGCACUGGUAGACCUCCGGACACACAGAUAUUUUACUAAAUUUUGCUUCGAGCAACAGUGCUCAAGCACUUACAGAUCUUCCAGUGAUACUGGUUUGCCUUUUGGCUUUGGGGAUAAAUAAUCUGAAAAGUUCCUAUGUAUGUACAAAACUCUCCUUGAGUCUAUGGUUCAUGGUUAGCAUAAAGAGUUUAUAUGUGAAGCAGUAUUCAUUUUCUUGAUAAGAGUAAAAAAGAGUGAGAGCAAAUGUUAGCACAGUUAGGGACGGACUACUUAGCAUUUGUAUACAAUUCUGUAUUAGGCCUGCACUUUGACACAAUAAUUUUAAAUGUAAAUAAAAUAUUGAUUGGCAUUUA